AUGACAAUAAAAGUAAUUGAAAUCAACACUCCUUCACCAUAUUUGGUUCUUUCCAAACAUGAAAAGAUUCCAAAAGUCUUAACCAUCUCGAACUCCGCCGAAAAUGAGAAUGACAUCGGGACUUUGACAGCUCACAGUGUUCAUACUGCUGUAUGCACCACCGCAUUGGUCGCUGGUACCGAGUUAUUGGCGGUUCCCGAACCCAUAAUUAAGCAAAAUAUACAAUUGGGCAGAAACGCCGAUGUGAUCAAAACAGGAUCUCUAAGUGUUUCAAAUAUUAUGACGGUCGUCAAGGUAGCAAAAAACUUCAAAUGUUUAAUUAUUGAUGGUACUGUUCUUUCUGAGGAAUCGUAUGAGGUUAUGAAGAGAGAGCUCACCCCAAUUAGUUUUCUUUUUGUGGUCGACGUUGCUCACUUACAGAAAUUCAACGACACGUUGAAAGAUGUCUUCGAACUUUGCUUAGAAAAAUCUGUGGAAACAAACGCUGCAAACAUCCUGGCUAUCAACUGUAUUCAAGAGAAUACAAAUGCAAGUGUUCUUUUCCAAGUGGAUAAUCAAAAGUUUACCGUUUUCCGCCAUGAUAGUCGUUUUACAAAAGUGGGCUGUUCCUCCAUUUCAACUUCAAUUGCUGCAAACCUGGCAAAUGGUUACUCUCUGGGCGGGUCUGUAUAUGGUGCCUUGGAAUACGUGCAGAAUUCCCAGAGUAUCUGUUCUGAAGGUGCUAAAGAUAAGGUCAAUUUUGUUCACAACAUUCGAGUUCCUCUAACUGCAAUGGUUCAAGAUAAAUGCUUUAAGGGGAAUGAUUUGAUUUCCCCCCCAAAGCUGGUCAAAGAUCCUACCGUCACAGGCGACUUUUUGGAUUAUUUGAACAAACACAAAUACGUUGCUAAGCAUUGGGAUGACUAUGUAAACCAUGAUUUUGUUAGACAAGUUGCAGAAGGUUGUCUCGACUUGCAGCAAUUCAAGUUUUACAUCGAACAAGACUACCUGUAUUUGGCAGAUUAUGCGAGAUUGCAUUGUGUCUCCGCAUCCAAGGCACCAGAUCUGUUGGAUAUUGAAAAGGAACUUUUGGUAUUGAGUGUCAUCAAAAGAUCAAUGAACUGUCAUAAACAGAGGCUUCAUGAUUACUACGGUGUAGUUGAUGAGAAUCAUAUGGAAAAAGUUCAAAGGAGUGAUGCGCUGAACAAGUACACCAGAUACAUGGGAGAAAUGGCUAGAAGGGGUAAUUGGAGGGAACUGAUUGCUGCUUUGGCACCUUGUAUGGUUGGCUAUUGUGCCGCUGUGGCCAAAUAUGUCGGAAAGACCGACCCACCAAAGGGUAGCAUCUACGAAGAUUGGACCAAGUUCUAUUCUACUCUGCCUUUAGAGGAAUCCUUGGCUAAAGGGCGUUAUUUUUUGAAUCACAUUGCUAGGACUUGUCCCGAAAAUGAGUUAGAGAGGUUGAUCAAAAUAUACGGAGACGUGUGUGCCCUUGAGGCCCAAUUUUGGGAUUCUCCAUUAGCUUAUAAAGUCUAG